UCGCGAAUUCGAUAUCAAUGACACGGACAUAUCUGGACACAUUUAAAACUGCAAAUUGUGUGGCUGUUUAUUCUAAUAGAUUGUCCUUUUUCGCGUCAACGCAUUUCUCAGCGUAUACAUGUGCAUGUGUGAGUGUGUUCAUGUGUGAAUUCGUAGAGUGUUUGGAACCUUUUGUCAAUAUUUGGGGCCUAUUUGUGUAAAGCCAUACAUCCGACACACACAUAGGCAUUUACACUCCAUACCCGGGGUUGCCCACUUUAUGACUUCCACUGAAACACGACCUAAAAGUAAAAGUAAUCAUGUUGAUGAUGUGCGCUCUCCUCUUGCUGGGCAAACUGAUGCUUGCUUCAUCAGCGGAAACAGCGCAAACAGCGGCACCCAAUACCAAGCCAACGAUCAAUGCCAAGACCGUUGACGCGGAAUACAUCAGCGAUGAACACACCCUGCGUCAGAAACUCUUUGCCAACUAUGACCCAGACAUGCCACCCUUCAAAAGUGCGAACGACAACCUUACUCUUCAGUUCGAAAUCGUAACGCUAAAAGUGGCUGAUUUGGAUGAGACCAAGCAAACGUUUACCGUAGAUGGGUGGGUCAAGAUGGGUUGGGUGGACGUCCGCCUGGCAUGGAACGCUACAGAGAGCAAGGUCAACCAGAUCCACGUCUCGCCGAAGAAACUAUGGAUUCCUGACAUAUCUCUCUUCAAUAACGGAGACGGCAACUACUCCCCUCACAGCCUUGAACACCCUGCGUUAGUCUUCCCGACUGGCUAUGUACUCUUCGUUCCGAUGGCGAGACAUGUUUCCCAUUGUGAGAUGGACAUCAAGAGGUUUCCUUUCGAUAAACAGUUCUGCCACCUCACCUUCGGAUCGUGGACCCAUGAUGCGCACAAGCUAAAUGUAAUCCCUUUCAAAGGAAGGGAUUUCACCGUGGAUACUUCAUAUAUGAUGCACCACACGGAGUGGGAACUUUCGAAAUCUAACGGCACCAAGAGUCUGCGGUACUACGCCUGCUGCCCAGAGACGCCCUAUGCCGAUGUGACAUUUAUCUUCGAGUUCGACCGCAAGUCCGGCUUCUUCGCACAUGUGUUUAUUAGUCCGGCGGUGGUGUUAGCUAUCCUGAUUCCGUUCAUGUUUACCAUGAAUCAUGAGUAUGGAGAGAAGACCACUUUGGGGGCUGGCAUCAUGAUCUGUCUGGUGCUUAUGAUCCUAAUUAUGGAGAACAUGUUCCCCUCGGCUAUGAUAGGUACCCCUCUUCUCACCCAGUACUAUGCAGGAUCCUUCGUUCUGGUUGCGAUAUCUAUCGUCUUGAAUAUCUGCACGAACAAGAUGAUGCGGACUCGCACACGGGCUUAUCCCAAUAAGGGAGUGUCGUGGUUCUUUAUCGACUUGAUGGGGAAGUUCCUCUGUCUGAACAAGGAUGCAUACCGCCAGACAGCAGAGGAAGAUAUGCCGAGAAGCUUCGAGACGGAACUAGGUGAUGAUAUGGAUACCCCUAGGGUCCAAACCAUUGGCAAGAUGAAGCCUGCUCAGCUGGAGUGGAUGAUGAUAGGGGUGGUCCUAGACCGGUUAUUCUUCCUCAUAUUCCUCAUUCUUGUUAGCAUUGUUACCAUUGCUAUGCUGAAUAAUUAACCAAGCAAAGCGAAUAGAUUGGGAUUUCGUGAAUCUUUUCAAAACAUUUGAUUACGCACGCCGGCAUAUUUUCCUGUGAGAUCUAGAUAACGCUGUACAUUUGUAUUGAGUGGAAACAGCGCCAAAAAAUGUAACGGCCCUUACUCAUAUACUAGGCCUCUGUGAAACAGACACGCCAAAACCGGCUAAAUAGCGCCUACAGUAUUCUAACUUACUGUUGUUUUAGUAUUGUAAGAGUUUCACGUCCGAAUCGAUAGUAAAUUGAUCACUAAUAGAUUGCGACUAUGACGCCCUGUACAACAUGUUUAUACAUGAACAUGUAGAUCAAUAUCAGAUUGCAUGAAAGAUACCUUUAUUCGCAAACAAUUUAAACCUACGCGGAUCCUUCUUCGGGUUAAAGCAAACUGCUUAUGCGAUUACAAGAAUGUACAAAGAAACAAAGAAACAAAUAUAAACAAUACAAAUACAAAGAAUAGAGAAAAGUGAGAGGUAGAGGAAGGCGAUUAGGCUAAGACCCUGUUAAUGUUAAAAAGGUUAUCACUUCCAAAAUGUCGUAUGGCUAACCCUUACCAAAACCGAAGCAUUUUCCAGUGACUCUUCAAUCAAGCCGAAUGGGGGAUUUGUCGAGAUUCUGCGAGCCAGUCAUUCCUUCAUUCUGGUUUUAGUUGUGGUUGUAUAUGUAUAUUGUAUACUAGUACAUGCUAAAUAAAUAUAUCUAACUUUUUAA